CCUAGCCGCGGCCCCCUCCCGGCCUCUCUCCACCGCCUUCUCUCGCUCUCGGGUCAGAGGGCCGGAGCGAGAAGAUGGCGAAGACGUACGAUUAUCUGUUCAAGCUGCUGCUGAUCGGCGACUCGGGCGUGGGCAAGACCUGCCUCCUGUUCCGCUUCUCCGAGGACGCCUUCAACACUACGUUCAUCUCCACCAUCGGAAUUGAUUUUAAAAUCAGAACGAUAGAACUAGAUGGAAAGAAAAUUAAGCUUCAGAUAUGGGACACAGCAGGUCAGGAAAGAUUCCGAACAAUCACAACAGCAUACUAUAGAGGAGCCAUGGGAAUUAUGCUGGUAUAUGACAUCACAAAUGAAAAAUCCUUUGACAACAUUAAAAACUGGAUAAGAAACAUUGAAGAGCAUGCCUCUUCAGAUGUUGAAAGAAUGAUCCUUGGUAACAAAUGUGAUAUGAAUGACAAAAGACAAGUGUCAAAAGAGAGAGGGGAGAAGUUAGCAAUUGACUAUGGGAUUAAAUUCUUGGAGACCAGUGCAAAAUCCAGUACAAAUGUAGAAGAGGCAUUUUUUACACUUGCACGAGAUAUAAUGACAAAACUCAACAGAAAAAUGAAUGACAGCAAUUCAUCAGGGGCAGGUGGGCCAGUGAAAAUAACAGAAAACCGAUCCAAGAAGACCAGUUUCUUCCGUUGUUCGCUGCUUUGAUGAACUCUUUCUUUUUGAGAGACUGCAGCAUACCUAGAAGGCCCUUUCCUGCUUUUCUGAAAGCACAGGUCACCCGGCCUCAGAGUCACACUGCCUGGCUGCUGCUGAGAGCACCCACUGAACUUAGACCUCCUGACACAGAAUGCCAAGUGGAUCCAGCCUCGUGGCCUAGCAAAAGAAUAGGCUCCUUUUUAUCAUACAUGGAAGCAAUGAAGUGGAGACACAUGCAGGACCUUGCUGGUUUUUUCUUUCUUUUAUUGCCUGUUGCAAAAGCUGCUAUCUUUCUUUUUCACUUUGCACAUCAGUAUUAGCCUUUUCUUAUUACUGUACACCUUAGACUCAUACUUGCACACUUUUGUGGCAUGAAGUUCUAGACAAAUUUGGGGUUGUUUAAAAGACGACAGAAUAUUAAGCAGAGGUUGACAGACUAAAAUUAAAGGACUCUUGGUCUGGUUCAUAGGGCCAAAUAUUGUAUUGGUAGCAUUUGUUUAAGGGCUUUGAUUUGUGAUUUUCUUAAAUAAGAAUCAUUAAAUUAUGAUCAAAUUUAUUUUAGAAAGUCAUAAAAAUGCCUACUUGUUCAGCAGCAGCCACAGUAGCUUUCUUCAGAUUGUUAAGAUCUUUGUUUCAUUCUUGAUCUUUUUGCCAGAGUCUGGCUAGCUGAAUGAAUCACUUUUUAAAUUCAUUACCUCUGCCUGAUCUUAUGGAAACUGCAUUUGGAAAUCACCAUAAUCUCAUUUUUCCUGGGGUUUGUAUUUGCUGUUCUUUCCCAUGUUGGACUUAUUGUAAUUACUUAGUUAUCUAAAACUAGUAACAAAUUUGACCAUUGUUGUCUGAUCCUAUUUGUGAACUUCUUGAGCUGAGAUUUUACAUAGGGAGAGAAAUGCAUAAUUUAGGGUUUUAUUUUAGCAUCUAACUGUGGUUGUGUCACAUCAGAAUAUAUAUAAUAUAAUUUUUCUUAGGUUUACCCCUUAACUUACUAGUUAAUACCAAAUUUCUACCAUAAUCCCUGUCUGCAAGAUUAACUUAGAUUUAGAUUAUAGUUGGCAGAAAGCAUACCUGUAGGGAGAGAGAAGAACUUGUCAAUAGAAAUUUAAGAGAUAGUUCUUAGUAAUGGUGACAAUAAUGAUUUUUGGUUCUAUUUUGGGGUUUUUAAAAAGUUAAAAGUAAUUACACUUAGUGCAUCAUCUCAGAAAAAUUUUGCGUUUUCAUUAAGAGAAAAUAUGAUGAAGGCUUCACUUUUAAAACAGUUGUUGAAGGUGUAGAACCCAGCUCCAUCUGUUUAGGUUCAUUGUUAUAGAACUUGGUCUAGUUAUUUGGACCAAAGCCAACCAAAAGCUUAGUUGCCUUUCUCACCAAACACUGGUACUGGUAUUCCUUUUGUAGAUGUAGCCAUCACAUAAGAUGGUUUUUAAUGUUAACUUAUGUGCCAAAUUCAGAUCAUAAUGUCAUUGUUGCUUUUGUAGCCUUCAGUGUCUUAACACAGGAAGGGAUAAUAAAGAGGUGACUAUGGAAUUGAAUUCUGUUAAUAACUGUUCUUCCUGUUAUGCCUAUAAAGGCUGCUAUAAUGCUAGGUAGUUAAGAAUGGAAACUGGAAAUGGAAAUGGAUUGGAUUGUUUGUUACCACAGAGAAUUCUGAUUCAAAUUAAGAUAUGUCAUUUCUGUGCUUAGACCAGUCAGCCUUUAUUCCAUGUUUGAAAACUUAGAAAUAAUUCAGUGGCUUCAAAUAUGCCAGAGCAAUUUUUGGUGAUAUUCUAAACUUACUGUUGACAAAUAUCAGCCUCCUUAGUUGUUUUGUUUGUUUGUUAAUAGUUACCUGUUAGUGUCCCAGUAUAAUCAAUAAGUCUAUGAUUGCAAGUUGAUUGUAAGUCUACCAUCUUCAAAUUUAGAUACAUUUUUAAAAAGAAAAAACAAUUUCUUAGAAGCAUCUUAUAUUUACUAAUUUUCUGAAUAAAAGAUAUUCAAGCAGUUAAGCUUUCUGGAUGGUAACAAAAUAAUUUCUAAAAGGCAAGUGCUAUGACACCAUGAAUGAAUGUAAUUCUCUUAGUUUUUUACCUCUGACUAUUUGGUGUCUUAACACUUUGGUUUCUAUCUCAGGGGUUGUCUGCAAACCAAAACUGACAUAUUCUGUGGUUAGCUUUUAUUAUUAUUUUUUAACAGAAUGCUUUGCUUUUGUUGUAUUUCUUCAUUCUUAUUUUGUCUUCUCUGGGUUAAUAACUAGUCUCCAUGAACUUCCUUUUGAAAGAGCCUGUAAAAGUUAGAUGAGCCUAUUAGUGCUCUUUGAAGUAGCAGCAAACUGGGAGUAUAUGCUCUGUUAUAUAAAAAUAAAUUGUCCUUGCUAUUUUCUUACAUUUAGCUUUGCUAAAUUGUAUAUAAUUUGAGCUAAGACCAUAGGAAACUCACUUUCUGCAUGGUAAAAUGACCCAAUAAAUGUUCCACUUUGCUUAAUAAUGUACAUAUAGUGCAUUAUUUUUUCUAUUUGUAGAUGAAUUUAGUAACAGAUAAUUGUCUGUUCCCUGCUGAAACUGAAGAAAUCUAGGGGGUUUUUGUUUGUUUGUUUGUUUUUGUUUUGUGAACAUAUUUGUGGUCUUAAGAUAAGGUACAUAAAGAUUUUUGCAGCAGUAUUAGUGGUUCAGUGGCUGCAGUUUAUUAUCAAUGUGCUAAGUUUGACAAUGAUUGGACUAGAAGACCUUUUCAAAUAGAGUCUGAGGGCAUCAGACAAUGAAAAUAUGCUGUAACUAAGUAGCAUGUAAAUCAGUUGAUUGUAAAAUGUUUCACUGGGAACUUAUUUUAGCUAUAUUUUACUUCCAACAAAUUAUGAUAAAAUAAUCUACCUGUGCAUCGGUUAGUAGGUGCUGCAGGGUUUCUUACUAUUUACAUGAACAUUUUUGUGCAGUCUUUGUUAUAAAAUUUCAGAAAACUUUACUCUUUUCUUUGAAGGACUAUUUUUUAAUUAUACCUCAUUUAGCUAACUAGAAUUCUAAUACCCAGUAGAGAAAUGGUGACCCAGCCUUUAAGCAUCCAACUUUAGAUUACAUGUUUUGCUUUGUUUUGAGCUGAAGGUAUUCCUAGAAAAAGUAGAUGAUAGCUUAGUUUAGAAUAGAACAUACAUGUCAUAUCCAAUAAUGUUAAAAAAAGUAUUAUCACCCUGUGUCCAUUAAUAAAUUUAGCCGUGCAAUAUAGAUACAUUUUUGCAAAAAUUUCUAAGUAAGAAUUUUUAACUCCAUUUUACCAGUUCUGAAUGCUGAGAAUCUGUAUUAAGGCUUAUAAGGUUUUCUUAUGAUCAAGAAGUGAUAUAUUUUAAGCAGGCCCUCUUUUCAAGUGUAUGACUUAGAUUCCUUUAUAAAUUUAGUUUUAAUCUUUAAAGAUGAGCUUCUAAGCCUAAAAAUCUUAAGCCACAUUUCAUUAUGUUGGUUUACUUAUCUCAAAUUUUGAGCACUUGUUUCUGCAAUCAGGUUUUUUAGAUUUUUUUUUUUAACACAAAAGACAAUCCUUUUUCCUUCUCGUUAUAUCCAGGGGUGGAGAGGAAUGUCUAAAAAUGAAAUCCCUAAUAUAGUGGGACCUAGAAAGAUAAGGUAUGCUAAUAAAAUUUAAAAUUCUAGCAAAAUUUUACAGUAAGAUUAGUCUUUUUUUAAGACUAGUAAAAUUAUUAGGGGUCAAGUUCACUAUGAAAAAGAUUGAAAUAAAGUAUACAGAAAUGAAAAUUAGCAAACAGUUACUUUAGGGAUAUUUUUAGAUUUUUGCUUCAUUUAUUGAAAUGUGUGUGCUGUAUGCAAUUGCAUUUCUUAUUGCCAAGAACUGAUAGAACUUCUUCUUUCAUUUUCUUACCUUUUUUAAAAAAUGUGAAUUUAAUCAUGAUAGUUCAUUCCUAUGGCCUUACAGAUAGAUGGUUUUAUUUUGUUUGCAGUUGAUGCUGCAGUAUUUUGAAAAAAUACCAUAAACUGUUUGACUAAAAUCAUGCCCUUAAUGGGAUCUAUUUUUUUCAUAGAAUUAUCCUACUGUAUAUGUUUAAACAUAUUUUAAUUUUGCUCCAAUGGCUUAAUGUGGAAAAGCUCCUGAAGAUAAAGUAGACCUGUCAUGUGGUUAAUCUUGUUUAAGCCAAUUCAUUAACUGUGUACUGAUACUGAUGCUGUGUAUGUGUGUGUGUGUUUUUUUUUAAAUGGGUUUUAUUCCAGGUGAACUUUUUUUUAUAAUAAUGUUCGUCUAAAAAUAAAAACUACAUAAUGAAAAUA